AUGUUCACCAUCAAGCCCAAGACGGGCAGCCAGUCCUUCCUGCUGUCUGUGUAUAACGAGAAGGGGGUACAGCAGCUGGGUGUGGAGGUGGGACGCUCCCCUGUCUUCCUGUACGAAGACCAACAUGGGAAACCUGCGCCAGAGGAGUACCCACUGUUCAGAUCUAUCAACCUCGCUGACGGCAAGUAAGUGAAGUCUGAGACACCUGAGAAACAAAGCAAGGCCUUUUCUUUUACGGACAAGGUUUGGGUUCAGGUAAGGUGCUGUUUGGUUAGCAUUAGGGUUUCUCUUUCCUCUGGCAAGUAACUGAAGUUCGGCCUUUCACUAUGCAGUGAUGUUGAACAAGGAGUACUGUACAUUUGUAACACACGGGAUAUGAACCCGGGUCUCCCACGGGAGCAAGCAACGUCUUAGACCAAGAGGAAAUUCCCUCUUGGGCAGAAGGCAGGUAAAUUGGUUUUGAAGUUUGCAGGUGGGGCUGCCUCAUCAUGUGAACCGUGACUGCCUCAUGUCCGCUACAUUCACCUCCCUCUGGCCUCCUCCCCCCAUGAGAGACUUCCCCACGUUGGGCACUAAUAGUAACACUGUGGGGUAUAAACCAAUGGUCUCCAAUGUCUUAAACCAUUUAGACUAAGAGGAAAUUCUCUCGUGAGCCAAGGGCCAGGCAGACACUGGUUUUGAAAGUACCGACUCGUGUCCGCUACACAUGGCGUGAAGUAAGAUGAUUCUGAGAGGGUCUGUGGCCUUACUGUGUUCGUACUGUAGACACACUCCACACAAGCCAUGUUUUACGAGAUGGAUGACCAGAUCUGAGUCUUCUGGAUUCUCAAUAAUGUAUUCAAGGCUGCUCAGCAGAUCCAAACAAACCACUAAAAAUGCACAAUUAUUCGAUUUAUAUGCUUCAUUGUUUAGUGAUUGAUAACAUAAGGAAUAUAACUUUGCGAGACAGCUGUCUUUUGAGUUACUCAAUUAUUUGUUUGGCAGCAUUUUGAUGACAGACUGUUUAUACCAAAUUAUUUACAGCUGCCUGCACUGUUGAUUUGCAAUAAACCAUCAAAAUAACAGAGCUUCAUAAAUUACUUAACUGUAAAAUUAAUAUUCUGACAGUGAAGUCUUUGCUAAUAUGAAACAUUUUGCGAAAACGUGUCUGGUGCAGUUGUCUACAGCAACAUGAAACGUAGCGUUGGUAUGUGACUUGAAUGUCUGUAAUUGAUUUAUCUGUUUUCCAGACCUUGUAAAGUAGAGGAGUUUUAUCAUUAUAUUAUUUAUCUAGCUAGUGAUCUUUCUGAGAAUAACAAAUUAUCUUCAUCAAGAACCAUCUAGUUUUAAGAUUCAAAUCUCUUGGCAUCUCUCUGACUAUACCAGACUGUAGAUCAUCUCUGACUAUACCAGACUGUAGAUCAUCUCUGACUAUACCAGACUGUUGAUCAUCUCUGAUUAUACCAGACUGUAGAUCAUCUCUGGCUAACUAUACCAGACUAUAGAUCUGCAAAUUGUCCAACCUGUGCUCGGGUUGUAGCGUUCAACAAGCAACAAAUACACUUCAUACGUUUCAUGUUCUCCCCAAAUCUGUCAUGUUUCUCUAACCCACUCCCUCCUCUGUCCAUGUGUAGAUGGCAUCGCGUGGCCAUCAGUGUAGAGAAGAAGAGUGUGACCAUCAUCGUGGAUUGUAAGAAGAAGCUGAGCAGGCCCCUGAAGAGGAGUGACGGGGCAGCCAUCAACACUGACGGCAUCACCGUGUUCGGAACCAGGAUUCUGGAUGAAGAAGUCUUUGAGGUAAGGACAAUGACCAUUGCUUACUAUGACACUGUAUUCGCAGAUGGCACGGCAGCCAUUUUGCGGCGCAACGUCUAA